UCUGUCCAGACUGUUAGGAACUAAGAUGGAGGACAGGGGAGGGCGAAAUAUGGAUCUGGAUGCAGUUUUGUAGCUUGCUGGAGGUUCUUUUUUAUUUUCCGUACUAAUGGCGGAACUUUUUGGAGCUGACAAUGCCUAGAAAAGGGAAUGGACAGCUGCCGUUACCGGACGGCUGGGAACAGGCGACGGAUUACGACGGCAAAGUAUUUUAUAUCGACCACAAUACCAAGCAAACCAGCUGGAUUGACCCUAGGGACAGGAUAACGAAGCCGCUGUCCUUCGCAGACUGCGUGGGUGACGAGUUGCCAUGGGGCUGGGAGGCGUCGUACGACCCCCAGGUGGGAACCUACUACAUCGACCACAUCAACAUGAGCACUCAGCUGGAGGACCCGCGGAAGGCUUGGCGCGGGGAGCAGGAGCGCAUGCUGAAGGAGUACCUGACGGUGACGCAAGAUGCGCUCAGCGCCCAGAAAGAGCUCUACCAAGUCAAAGAGCAGCGGCUCGCCCUCGCGCUGGAUGAGUAUGUGCGCCUCAACGACGCCUACAAGGAGAAGUCCAGCUCACGCACCAGCUUAUUCUCAGGAUCAUCCUCAAGCACGAAAUAUGACCCUGACAUCUUAAAGGCUGAGAUCUCCACGACUAAAGUCAGGGUACAUAAGCUGAAGAGAGAGUUGUUACAGAUGAGACAAGAACUUCUCUACAAAGAGCAAGGCUUUGAAACCUUGCAACAGAUUGACCAAAAAAUGUCGGGAGACCAGAGCGGCUACCGGCUGAAGGAGGCCCAGGCCAUCGUGAGUGAGCUCAAGUCCCUCCGCAAGGCCAUCAGCUCCGGGGAGAAGGAGAAGCAGGACCUCAUGCAGUGUUUGUUCAAACUGAAGGAGCGGUUCUACGCUGGACAGAAUAUGGGUCGCUCAGAACCCGACCUGCGGAAUACGGCAGGUUCUCACCCAUCACUCUCCAGACAGACGUUGGAUGCUGGAUCGCAGACGGACGUCUCUGGAGAGGCUGGUUUGAGAAGUAGGUCCUCUGUGGCUGAGAAGGUCAGAUUGAGCCUACAAUACGAGGAGGCCAAAAGAAGCAUGGCCGAAUGUGAAGAUCGGCUGGCCAAGCUGGAGGCGGUGCUGGCGUGGACCCUGAACCUUGGUGGCCUGCUGCUGCUCAGCGAGAAGGAGGAGCUACUCAAGGAGCUGCAGUUUGUGUGGCCACGGCAACGCUCGGCCACCGAGCUCCACCGCCUGGACCAGGAGCGCUCGCGCCUGGAGGAGGACCUGCAGGCCCUAAGGGCUGCUCCGCCCAGCCACGCCCUGGCACAGAGGCUGAAAAUUCAGGAGAGGCGGCGGGUUCUUAUGCAGAGGUUGGCAGAAUCUACAAGGUUGGCCACGAUGCUCCAAUCACAACUCAAAAGUCUGUCAGCCAGCACGCUGUCGGUGUCGUCGGGCAGCAGCCUGGGCUCCCUGGCCUCCAGUCGCGGCUCCCUCAACACGUCCAGCAGCCGCGGGUCCCUCAACUCCCUCAGCUCCGGCGACCUGUUCUACAGCGGCCAGCCAGACGCCACCGCCGCCGACCUGGACUACCAGUACAAACUGGAUCUGCUGCUCCAGGACCCGCCUCCGUCCGCGUACGGGCACUCGGGGCCCAUCACCACCAUCCACGAGCACGAGGUGGCCAAGACCCCCUCGGCCGCGUCAUCGUCCUCCUCCUCCUGCAAGGGACCUCCUUUCUCCGUGCCUGGCGGCCCGCUCUUCCUCUCGGCCGCUCCCCACACGACGGACAGCUCGGGCCCGGUGCACUGCGUGGCCUCCACCAAGCCGGCCGAGCCGUCCAAGUCGGUCACGUCGCUGUCGUCGCGCUCGUCUCUGUCGUCUCUGUCGCCGCCCGGCUCGCCGCUGGUGGUGGAAGGUGCCUUUCUCCACCCCUCGGUGCAGGACGCCUCCACUGGGCAGGACUACGGGGAAGGGGAGCUGCCGGCUGAUUUCGCCGGGCUGGGCUUCUACGAGAGAGCCCUGGUGUUUGACCCUGACUCUGAGGACAAGGAGACGGGGGAGGGCGUGAGGAGGGUACCCUUGACCACCUUACAGGAAGGCGUGACGGAUGUCGAGUUUGCGCGCCACUCUGCGGACUCUUUGGAGGACAAGCCGGCGUGUGUGUCUGCUGCAGUGUCAGACGAGUCGGUGGCUGGCGACAGCGGCGUGUAUGAAGCGUCAGUAAAGCGGUCAAAUGAAGUGGAAGACCCUGUAUAUAUUGAGGACGAGCCAAUUCUACCUGAGACGGCCCAAGUUCAGAUGGGAAUGAAGUACGACGCAGCCACCUCCAGCUUCAUCAUGUUGCUGAUGCAGCUGCAGAACGUCGCCGCCCUGCUGGUGCCCCUGGCCACCACUAAAGUGUACCUGCGGGUGGCGCUGCUUCCCUCCUCCAGCGACGUCAGCUGCCUGUUCCGCACACGGGUGCAGCCGCUGGCCCAGCCACUAGUGCUCAACGAGGUGUUCCGUGCCCAAGCCCCACUGUUGGUUCUCCGCCACAAGACGCUGCGCAUCGACGCCUGCGUUGUGGACCAAACACUCCGCGAGGAGUGCCUGGCAGGAGUGCAGGUCUCUCUGGGUGAUGUGUCUCUGACCGAGAACAUGAGUAAUGUGUGGUACAGCCUGCUACCCUGCAGGAGAGCCAGCAAGGAGCGAACCCCUCCACCCCUGGACCUGGAUGCUGUGUCGGCCUUGCUGCAGAGGACCUCUAGUGAAUUGGAGGCUGUUGAGCAGGAGCUGGCCCAUGAGGAGAGCCUGGGGGACGAAUGGUUGGCCAUGCUGGAAGAGCCUACCUCAGAGCUAAUUCUAGGAGAGGAAGCGGAGGAGGAGGAGGAAGGGGGGGAUGAAGAGGAGGAAGAAGCAGACGGCGAGGACGUGAAGGCCUGUGCAGACGAGUCUGUUGGAGCGUGUGUGUGUGACAAGCAGGUGUGGGGCACAGACCAGAGGAUGGAGGAUGUGGACGAAGGCAGCCGAGGAGGUGGGGAAGGCCAGCUUCCUGAAGCGCUCGCAGGGCCCCAACUGGUGGACAAGGAGACCAACACGGAGGCGGCGUUGCGUGAGGGGGUGGCGGUGCGGCCCAAAGACAGGUCGUGUCUUGGCCCACGGCAGCAGAGAGGCUUCGUCAGGAACAGCCUGAUCCUGCGCUCGCAGACCUUCUCUCCGGGAGAACGCAGCCAGUACAUCUGCAGGCUGAACCGGAGCGAUAGUGACAGCUCCACACUAUCCAAAAGGUCACCAUUUAUUCGCAACGCUUCCGAGCGCCGCAGUCUACGAAUCAAGCGGACGCUGUGCCAGCCGGCAGCGCGUGGUGGCGGCGUGGGCUCCACGCAGACGACGCGGACCUCCCUGGACCUGGAGCUGGACCUGCAGGCCUCCCGCACGCGGCAGAGCCGGCUCAACGCCGAGCUGCAGACGCUGCGGGAGCUGCGCGCGCGCAUGGAGGCGCUGAGGGACGGGGGCGUGGACGCCCAGGCUGACCCAACGGGUGCCCCGAGCCGCGGCGCGCUGACGGCCACCGUGCUGCAGGACCAGCGCUUCCACAGCCUGCUGCAGCAGGCCGAGAGACAGGCCGAGCUCUCUAAGGAGGAGCAGAGGCAGGAGCUGAAGGCGGAGAAGCUGAUGCGGAGGGCCUCCAAGGACGUGUGCCGCCUACGCGAGCAGAGCCAAAAGGUCCCCCUGCAGGUUCAGUCAUUCAGGGAGAGGAUGGCCUACUUCACACGAGCAAAGAUUAAUAUACCCUCCUUGCCAGCUGAUGAUGUAUAAUCAUACAUACUACAUACAGCAAACAAUGAAGUAUUUGUAUGACUUUAUAUAGUAUUUUAAUAAUGUAACCUGAUGAAAAAUGAAAACAUAUAGAACAUAUAUAGAUUUUCACAAUAUAGGUUAAUGUAUUUGUAUAAAAAUACAAGUUGGUAUUGAUUUUGUUUUUAAUGAAAAUAUUUUUUCUCAGAGAAAACCAAAGUAGGGUCAUUUUGGUUGAUGUAUUUGCUAAGUCAUGAUGAGCCUGUACAGUUUUGUAAAGUAUGUGUGUGUGUGUGCGCGCGUUAGUAAGGGGUCGGGUGUGUGUGUGCGCGCGCGUUAGUAAGGGGUCGGGUGUGUGUGUGCGCGCGCGUUAGUAAGGGGUCGGGUGAGAGAGUUAGAGUGAAGGAACAAGAAAUGUCACUUCAGGUCCUCGUGUGGUCCUCUUGUUGGUCACCUUAAACAGGGAUUUUAGGAGAGAGAGAGAGAGAGAGAGAGUCAACUCUGUUUAAAGGCAGUGCUCCACUUUGGUCUUUGUGUUCUGAUCCAACACAACCUUGUUCUUGUGAAUGUAAGCAGUUAUUUUUUCCCUUGUCUUAUUGUACUGCACUGAUUCCUGCCCCCCCCUCUCUCUCUUGGCUUAAACUGUGGCUGUCAGUAUUGUACUGUGUGUGGCUAUAAGUAUUGUACUGUGUAGUGACAUGCUAUUUACAUCAGCAUCAGCAACACCCCCCAAAAUCCAAGGGAAGCAGCUUUGUUCAGUGUUUAAAGGCCUGAAAUGAAAUGGGACUCUCAAGGCUCCCUGGCCAAAUGAAGGAUUGUUUUUAAAAAAAGGUCUCUAGCCCCCCACCACCACCAUUGGUGUUUUUCUUUUCUUUGACAGUAACAUCAGUGAUGCUGUACCUUUUGUGACGGUUCAUCUCUCUCUUUUUAAGAGUUGUCAUGCAGCACAUCUCUAAAAGCUGUCAGUGUUUUGUCAAGAAAACUAUGUAGGAAAUGUUACAGUUAUCGAGUUGGGAGUGAACAGAUUAGGUAUUUGUCCUGAGAAAUUGAAAGUGUCCGUUUCCCUUAGGUGAGCAAGAUAUACAGUACACAGGUACUUCUGACUCACCAAGCUGGGGAAAGCCAAUGUGAACUUACAACAGAAGCCUCGUCUGUAAUAGUACUUUGGUUGGCAUUUGGUUCUGCCAGUCUGAGCUGGAAGAGUCGAGCAUAGCACUGCUUUACCUCAGAUUCACUGAGGCACAGAUAUCAAUCCUAAUGAUGUGUUUGAUCUUGCUGUUGCCAGAUAUGCAGCAAAACCUUGAAUUCUGAAUAAUGUUCUUCAGCACCUAUGCCCCAACAAUGCCCAUUUUUGUUUAUUUAUUUCCCAGUCAUGUCUUAUUUAUGUUUAUUUUGUUUAUUUUAUAUUAUUAUUUUUAUUUUAUUUUUAAAGAAUGCCCUCAAAUUGGUCCCUUUUGGUCCAAAUUGGUUCCUUUUCUGUAAUUGUACAUUCUUUCAGAGGCAGAUUUGGCAGCUAAUGCAAGCAGGGAAUGUUAUGCACACAUUUCUGAAAGGCUUUGCUUAUCAACUCUCUAUGAGUGGCCAGUGCAGUGAUGAGGGGUGAUUCAAACAGGAUCGACACGAGUAGUUGGAAUGCACAAGAACAAGUCCUUGGAGAUUUAAGAGAUGAAAUUCUCCGAAUUGGUCGGGGCGCCACACUUGUGUAUUCAGUGUAUGCUUCAGGGCUGGUUCAUAGGCCACGCAAGCAACGUGGAUACAGUUGACAAAGCUUAUAUGCAUGUUUUGAAGUGCCUUAUCGUAGUCUGCGCAAGCUGUGUGGACAGUACACCCCCAUGGCCUGCGUAUUUCAUAGUGAGACACCAAAAUAGAUGCUUGAAAGUCACAAACUGACGUCCAAUAAUUAUGAAGUACUUAAACAUUAAAGCAUGGUCAUGUGUACUGUAUAACAACAUAUAAAGUCAUAGAGGUGUAUAACACCUACAAACUUAAUAACUUCCCACAAACAUAAUGAACCAAAACCAAAUAAAAUAUUUGUGCUUAAAAUAACACUCCCUUAAAUAUAACAACUUCCCACAAACGUAAUAACUGUUUUAUACCAUAAAUGUAUAAUUACAAUAAUUAUAUAUAUACAUAUGAUCAUGAUUUUAACAAGUUAUUACAUUAGCUUCCCACAAACUGAUAUAGUGAAAGUGUUACAGAAGUGAAUCCAUGGAUGCAAUAGACUCCAAGUCUGCCUGUGGAAGUGCAUGUUUGGGUCACAUCACAUGAUCCAUACUGUUGUGUCUAAGCUAAAUGUACAGAAGUGUUUUUGCAAUGUUGCUUGGUUUCUGUUGUUCUGCUCUUUCAUAACAGACAAUUUUCUUUUUAAGAUGUACGCAUGAUCCAUGAAGAUGUAUCAAUCCAUUUUUAGAAUUUUGUUUUGUUCUUGUUGGUUUCUUUUCUCUCUUUUUUUUACAAUAUUUAAUGAAAUCUCACAUUUGUAAAUAUUUGUAUUACUUUUGCAUAUCAAAUUCAAAAUCAAAUUUACAGAGUGUUGUAAUGCAUUUGCUCUCUUGAAACAUUGGAAUCUUUUCAAAUGAUUGUGUUAGAAAAUGUCCACUAUUAGGAACUAGCCACUGUAAGAAGGUAUAAUGCUUAUGAACCAAUGAACUUGAUUUUGUUUAUACCCAUUUCAGUGCAAAGUAGAAAUGGUCAGAAUUGAAAUCAACUUCCAUCAGUGACUGCCCCGCAUAUGAUCGUAUGUAUAUGUGUGUGUGAGUCUGUGUGUGUGUGAGCGAGAGAGAGAGAGAGAGAGAGAGAGAGACAGAGAGAGAAAAAAAGUGAUUGACAGCAAGUAUUUACUGUACCUGUGUACCAACUGUGGCCAAUCGGAUGGGCUCAUGGAC